AUGUCACGCCGCGAGUUACGACCCGACGCUCAGUCAGUGCAUUCUGUGCACUCCACCGACCGCGAGAGCCGUACGCCGACCGUCUAUGACGGCCCGGAGAAGAAGGAAGUGGAGGGUGGAGGCGCCGUACCGGUUUCCGCAGAUGGGAAAGAUCCAUUUUUGGUCGAUGCCUUUGAUGAGGGAGACCCGAUGAACCCGCUCAACUGGUCCAUGACCAAGCGCUGGUACUUAACAUUUCUCGCGGGAAUGCUGGUCCUCAAUGCGACAUUCGCAAGCGCUGCCCCGUCGGGUGUGAUCCCUCAAAUGGCAGAGCAGUUCGGCUUCGGCUCAGAGGUUGGCUCCCUCACUGUUUCCAUAUUUGUUGCCGGCUAUUGCGUUGGCCCGAUUCUGUGGGGGCCACUGAGCGAGGAGGUUGGGCGGCGGCCCGUCUUCCUCCUCUCCUUCCUCUUUUACACUGGUUUCCAGGUCGGAUGUGCGCUCAGCCCGAAUACCGCGAGCAUCCUCAUCUUCCGACUUCUGUCUGGUAUUUUCGCCGCUGCCCCACUCACCAACUCGGGUGGCGUCAUCAGCGACGUCUUCACGGCGAGAACACGAGGGAGAGGUCUGACGGUCUUUGCCGUGGCCCCGUUUGCCGGCCCCGCCGUCGGUCCAACGGUCGCUGGCUGGCUUGCUGUUGCCGGUGUAUCAUGGCGAUGGCUCUUUUGGAUUCUCACGAUCUUCUCUGGGGUGUGUCUCACGGUAACGAUCUUCACGCUGCCCGAAACAUACAAGCCGGUUCUCUUGAGGCAGAAGGCGCAGAAGAUCCGCAAGGACACCGGCGACGAGAGGUUUUAUGCGCCACUAGAGACGCACAAGGAGUCCAUCGGACAACGUGCAGAGAAGAUUCUGCUUAUGCCAUUCAAGGUGUUCUUCCAGGAGCCUGUCCUGAUUGCUUUGACGGUCUACAUGAGUUUCAUGUAUGGUUGCCUCUAUCUACUUUUUGAGGCCUAUCCGAUCGUCUUCACCGAAGGACAUGGCUUCAACGCGGGCGUCACGGGCUUGAUGUUCUUGCCGAUAUCACUGGGUGGCGCGGUUGGAUGCGCCGUGUACCUCAUCUUCUUCGAUCCGCGAUACUUCAAGUUUAUGCAAGAGUACGCGCCCGCGCCCGUGCCUCCCGAGAAGCGCCUCGAAUCCACGUUGAUUGCGGCACCUCUAUUCGCCAUCAGCUUCUUCUUCUUUGGAUGGACGAGCUUCCCUAGCAUCAGCUACUGGGCCCCUUUGGUGGCUGGAGGGCUUAUGGGAUUCAGCAUCCUGCUCGUCUUCCUCUCGCUGAUGAACUACAUCGUCGACAUGUACCUGAUGGUCGCCGCCACUGCCCUCGCAGCCAACACCGUAGUCCGAUCAAUAUUCGGAGCCUCGUUCCCUCUAUUUGCGUCGCAGAUGUUCACAGCGUUGAACCCCAGAUGGGCUUCGACCCUCCUCGGCUGCUUCGCCCUCCUCAUGGUGCCUAUCCCCUUCCUCCUCAUCAAGUAUGGGCCAACACUUCGCGCGAAAAGCAAGUUCUCGCCGACUAUGCCCAAUGGUCCGCCAAGCGACAGCCCAGAAGAGAGGGAGAAUGAAAAGGUUUGA